AUGGAAACAGGACCAAAGAAAAGUAAGCAGGACUUGAAAGUUGCCUGCUGGAAUGUCAGGACCAUGCUUGAAAAAGCUGACAGCAGCCACCCAGAACGUCAUUCAGCUCUCAUAGCCCAUGAACUAUCCCGCCUCAGCAUUGACAUAGCAGCUCUCAGCGAGGUCCACUUUGCUGACGAGGGCAGUCAGAGAAUGCGGCGCUGGCUACACCCUCUUCUGGUCUGGGAAACCAUCAUCUGGAAGAUGCCUGUCGGGUGUAGGACUCAUGAUUCUGCAGACAAAGGCAACUUCUAUUCUGCUCUGCACAGACUCUUGAACAACACCCCUGCAAAUGACAAGGUCCUGAUCCUUGGUGACUUCAACGCAAGAGUUGGGAGGAACUCUGAGGCUUGGAAAGGAGUCCUUGGAAGACACGGCAUUGGUAGCUGUAAUGACAACGGUCGCCUCCUGCUCGAGUUCUGCACAGAGCACCAACUUGCUAUUACCAACACAAUCUUCCAACAGAAAGACCAUCUGAAAACAACUUGGAUGCAUCCUUGGUCCAAACAUUGGCAUCUACUUGACUAUGUGCUUGUACGCCAGCGGGACCUGGAAGACGUGCUACACACAAGAGUGAUGCCCAGUGCAGAGUGCCACACUGACCAUCGCCUUGUCCACUGCAAGCUCAAACUGCAGCUCAAAUCCAAACCCAAGAAGAAAGGUAACCCUGUAAAGAAACUCAACGUCGGCAGCCUGUGCCGGGAGGAAGUGAAAGUCAAGUUCCAAGCAGACCUGCAGCAAAAGCUAGAUGAAUCCCCUUGCACUGAUGACACCACCCCAGACAUCUUGUGGGAGAACCAGAAAACAGCCAUCUUUAAGACAUCUGAGGAAGUUCCAAAUAUGGUGUCUGAGUCUCAGUGUGGUUUUCGUGCCUCCAGGGGCACAGCUGCAGACAAUUACAAGAAAAGUGCAUUGAACAAUGUCCUUGCAUCUUCAGGCAUCACCUCAGUUAAAGCUAUGAUUUUAAGGAACCAAAUGAGAUGGUCUGACCAUAUUGUUUGA